ACGAGUACCAGGCCAUUGGCCCUUUUUAUUCGGCGGGGAUUAUCACGAAAGCGGGCGAUAAGGGCGAGAUUUCAGGAAAUGCUACAGUGAAAUCUGAACAAAUAAAGAAUUUAUAGAUCAGUAUAAUUAAGAUUUUCCAUCGCAAUGGUCGUCCACAUCUCAGUCAUUUUAUUACUGGGAUUAAGUUCGUUUUUAAGCCCAGUUCAAGCGGUGAUUAGUGGCGAUAUAUACGGACCUCUGGUUGAACUUGUGGUCAAACACCUAAAUGGCAGUCAUUUGGAUUGGGAUAAUUGGACUACGAAAAUGAGUUUGACUUUGGAAAGUAAACAGCAGAAGCGAGUGGCAUGGAAUAUUCCCUGGUCGCACUUGCUGGAGGAUGAAAAAUCACCACUAGAAGUGCAACAACAACUUAGUCCCGGAAAUUCUUUUAAGCUGAGGCUUUGGAUGAGCUACUAUUGGUACCUACGACGAUCUCAGCUCAUGAAUGGGAUUCUUCUCGCAAACUUUGCCCUGGAAUUGGGGAAACUCCAAAGAAAUAAACCAGAAGUAUGGAACAAUGAUGUCCAAAACAUGUGGCAGAGUUUGCCAAGAUCUCUGAGGAUAUUAUUGAAGAGUCGCACCGUAUGCCUGCAACACAAAAAGGAGAUGUUGUAUGUGGCAGCUGAAAAACAACUGAUCUUGGGCGCCAAUAGCAACUGUAGUAUGUGGGUGGUUGAUGAUAGGAACGAUCACCAGCUAGAACUAAUGAAUUUCUGUGAUGAUAAAACCACUUUAUUCAUCAGGACGUUAUCACCUGACGGAUCGCAUGUCUUGCUCAGUGUCCGCAACAAUUUAGAUAGACAUUUUUGUGUGCUAAAUGGCAUGAGUUUCUAUGAAGAAGUCUCCGAGGCGUCAGAAAUGGAAAGCCGUUGCCAUUGGCAAAUAAAUGAUUGCACCUUUUUACCUUUUACAUUUUCAGCUUAUAAUAAAAUCUAGAUAUUCGGAUAUAAAAAUGUACUUAAUAUCAGGUAUCAAAAUUAAAAUGUUUACUUCUAUAUUGUAUA